AGUCCUCAACCAACUUACCAACAGUUACGUUUUGCGUCAACUCAGUGAAACAACUACCAAUCAAAAACAAAACCAACAACAUGUUCAAAUACUUCGCUCUCGUUUUCGUCGCGCUCUUCGCCUUCGCUGCUGCUGAACCUAAGCCAGCUGUUGUCGCCGCUCCUUUGGCCUACUCUGCACCAUUGGUCGCCUCUCCUUACGCUGCCGCCUAUGCUGCUCCAUAUGCCGCUUAUGCCGCUGCUCCUUAUGCCGCCUACGCUUCACCCUACGCCGCCUACUCCGCUUACCCAUACGCCAGCGCCGCUUAUGUGCUCCGCAAGUAAAAUAGGGAUGUUUGGUUACAAAGAUUUUAUUUUUAUUAAAGGCUGAAAAAAACUGA